AUGCGCAUCUCACCAGUGGGAAUCGAGGUCAUCCAAGCACCCGUGGAAGCAGUAUCAGCUGCUUCCACUCCCUCAACCUCCUCCUCCUCUCUGUCAUCCAUAGCAGCAGCAGUGCGCUGGAGCGUGGAAUUCCAAGGACUCUCCUCCCCUGCUCUCACUGUGCUCGCUAGCCCAGAGGAGGCCGCGUCUGGUGCAGGCGCAUCUGGUGGAGGCUCAUCUGGAGGGUUCUUUGGCGUGCGCAGGGGAGUGGCAGGGAGGGAGGAUGGGGGGUUUAUUCUGCGACUGGGGUUUGGGAGGCGGGCUAAGGCUAUUACAGCUACUGGAGGGUGUUCCAACUCAGCCAUCCUGUCAAAGAUUGUUGACACAGCCAAGGGCUCCAUAGGGCGUGCGCUCACAGUGGACACCACCUCUCGCCCGAGUGUCACCGACUUUGUUUCACAGACUGCGGUGGGAGGAGUGGGUCCCAGCGAGCCCCCUCUAGGGGAGUGGUCCGUCACCCUCGUCCGCCACUCUGCUCUGCUCCCAGACCCCUCCCCUCGUGCCUCCUCUGCUGCUGCCGGUGGUGCUGGCGCUGCCUCUAGCAGCAGCAGCAGCAAUAGCGUGGCAGGGGGGGGAGUGCAAGGCGGGUUGGGUGUGGAACGGAGUGGCUCGGCACGCCAGUUUGCCGUGACUCGGCACUACUUCGUGGAGCGCAACCCAGUCACUUAUGAGGCCACAUACAUGCGGCAGCUCUCAACCGUGUUGGCUCUGGUGCGAUGGGUGGAGGAGCCUCAACUGCUCGCCCUGGAGUUCGUUGAUGGCGCACCAAUCCUGGUGUACCGCUGUGCAGCACGUGACUCUCUCCUGUCUGCCCUCAAAGACGCCAUCGAAACCGAGACAUCUCAACCCACACCGGUUCUUGCUCGCCCCACUGCCACCGGCCACAGACUAGACGGCCCUUACGGCGACGCCUUCCAUGCCUACUCCCCCCCACCCCCUGCCUCCUCCACCUCCUCUUCCUCCGUUUCCCACGCAGCUACCUCCGCUGCUCCCACCUCCUCCUCCUCCUCCUCAGACGCCUCUGCAACUCCAGCAGCAGCAUCGUCAUCCUCAUCAUCAGGAGCAGCAGCAGCGGCAGCGGCAGUGGCAGCAGCGGCAGCGUCUGCAAGCCUAGAGGCAUCCUCUCUCUCCAUGUCGCGCCUAGGCCAGGGGCUGUUUGGCGACGUGGAAGGGGAUCAGCUCCUGGUGAAGCACGUCGCAGCAGCAGCCAAGGAUGCAGUUGCGGACGGGGGGACCAUCCCGGGGUCGAAAACCCGGCUGUGGCGUAGAGUCAGGGAGUUCAACGCCUGUGUGCCUUACUCAGGGCUUUCCGCAGGGGUUGAUGUUCCUGAUGUGGUCGUGAUGGCUGUGCUUAGCAUGCUGCCUAGUCCGCCGGUUCCUCCUCCUGCUGGUACCGAGGCUGCUUAUAACGAAGCAGGUGCUUAUAGCGCAGCGGCGAUUCUCCCUGCGCCUUCCCCGAGAGCUGCUGGGACACACAUUGGGUUGCUGGCGUGUCUGCGGCGCCUGGUGGGGGCAAGUGGCGCGUUCUCAUUGGUGGUGGGGAUGCCGGGAGCAGUGGGGAGGAUCCUGGGGCUGGUGCGGAGUGGAUCAGAGGCAGUAGCUGCUGAGGCACUUGGCUUACUGCGAGCCAUCAUAGCACUCCCAGUCUCUAUGCGAAAUACAGCCAAUCAGGUUGGAGCAGCCGGUCAGGGCUCAGCAGCUGCCGGCACAGCGUGCAACAAGGCCAUGGCUGCUCGUGCUGCUGCGAAAGCUGCCUUUUUCCCCACGUUGGUCCAGGUGGCAGCGGUGGUGAAUCGCCUGAAGCCACGGUCGGUGUCGCCACUGCUGUCAGCUGCAGCAGUGGCAGUGGUGGAAGCGCUGGUGUGCUCCCCUGACAGCGACACCACACAGGACGCAAUCUUCCAUGAGACGCUGCGCCAGGUGGCGAAUCUGAAGCGCCGCCUCUUCUCCCUCUUCGCACAUCCAGCCGAGGGCACGCGGGAGGCAGUGGCAGUCAUCAUGUGCACCAUCGCAGAAGAGGACGAGGCCGCCGCCCGGCCCAUGCGCGAUGCCGCCCUAAAAGACGGCGCUUUCUUGCGGCACCUGAGCAACAGUGUUGCAGCAGCCGGGGGGGAGAGGAGAGAGUUGAGCCGGCAGCUGAUUGCCCUCUGGGCCGAGGGGCAUGACCCUAGCUUGGAUCUUAUCCGAAGGUGCUUCCCUCCUGGCCUCUGUGCACAUCUGUACUUCCGUCGCGACACGUCAGCACUGCCAGGUCAGCAGCAGGCCGGGAGGAAGGGCAGGAGGAGGGUAUCAGCAGCUGCUGCUGCUAUUGGCCGCAGAAGGCAUGGGCUAGGGGGUGCGGGCGCUGCUGGGGGAUGGGGCAGUGCGGGGGAGAGCUUGGUGGGCAAUCUGGGGGUUGGUUUGGGAGGAGGAGGGUCUAUGGCAGGAGCAGGGAGUGGUGGGGAUGGGCAGUUCUCAGCAGCUUCAGCGGAUUUUCUGUCUCAGUCCACGCCUUUCCUGCCCUCCUCCCGCCCGCAAGACCUGUCCAUUUCGGACCUCUGGCCUGCCGGAGCUGCCUCAGCUUCGGCCCUAGCCAGCUCGGUGAUAGCUGCCCUUGACGGUCAAUCAGACGCCGCCGCUGCUGCUGCUGCUGGUGACGGUGCUGUGGAUGCUCCCACUGGCAAUGCGGGGGAGGCAGGGGCGGCAGCAGUGGGAUCGAUUCGGGACCCUGCCGCAUUCUUCCGGUCGCUGUACCAUCGGUUCUUGAGGGAGGCGGAUAUGGGGCUCGUGGUGGAUGGGGUUGAUGCCUCACAGGACCGUGCCAGGCUGAGUGAGUGGUGCGACCCCACAGGCGAGGAUUGCUUCGGAGGAGCCCAGCUGCAGCAGCCUGCCGCAGCAGCAGCAGGGGGUGAAGAAGCAGUGGGAGGAGGCGCAGGCAAGGACGACGGGCAAGGAGGGCAGGGAGGGAAAGGAGAUAAGGGAGGGAAGGGAAAGAAGGGAGGGGGGGCGGUGAGCAAUGCGGUGCGGGAGCUGUGUGCGCGGGCGAUGGCGAUAGUGUACGGGCAGUACGGGGCGGUGAUAGGGCCGUUUGACGGCACGGCGCAUGUCACUCUGCUGCUGGAUCGCACCUUGGAUAGAACCCUCCGCCACCGCCUGCUGCUGCUGCUCAAGGCGCUGGUGCGAGUGCGGGAGAAUGUGAGUGCGUGUGUUGCGGUGGGAGGGUGUGAGCUGGCAGUCGACCUCCUCUGCUCUGCACACGACGCUCACGAGCGCACCUCCAUCCCCCUGCAGUCGAACCUGCUGGCAGCAUCGGCAUACACAGAACCCCCCAAGGAGUGGUUCUACAUGCUGCCCAACGGCGGCCGCGUGGGGCCCGUGCUCAAGGCAGCAGUGCAGCAGGCGCGGUGGCGGGGAGAGGUGGACUGGAGCACCCGCUGCUGGGCGGCGGGGUGGGAUGAGUGGCGCCGCGUGUGUGACGUGCGGGAACUGCGCUGGGCCAUGGCCACUGGCGUCGCGAUUCUUACACCUGCUCAGGUCUGCUAUGUUGUAUUAAUCCCCUCCCUUUCUCCCUCCUCCCCCCCUCCCUCCGUCCCUCCCUCCCUCCCUCCCUCCCUCCCUCCCUCCCUCCCUCCCUCCCUCCCUCCCUCCCUCCCUCUCUCCCUCCCUCCCUCCCUCCCUCCCUCCCUCCCUCCCUCCCUCCCUCCCUCCCUCCCUCCCUCCCUCCCUCCCUCCCUCCCUCCCUCCCUCCGUCCCUCCCUCGCUCCCUCCCUUCCUCCCCCCUCCCACACGCCACCCAACCAGGUGGGGGAAGCAGCACUGGACAUCCUCCUCUCCCUCGUCGCCUGCUCCUCCUCCUCCUCCUCCUCCUCCUCCUCCUCCUCCUCCUCCUCCUCCUCCUCCUCCUCCUCCUCUUCCUCCUCCUCCUCCUGCCACCUCCCCUCAUUACAAUCACACACCGCAUCCGCCAACGGCCCUUCGGAAGUGCUAGUGGGAAGCGGGGGAGCCAACUCCCUCAAUGGUGCUGGUGGUGGCGGUGGUGGGGGUGGGGGGAGCAUGGGGCAGGAGAGGGGAGGAGGCGAUGUGCUGGUACCCAUGCCGAGGGUCAAGAGAGAUCUAUGUGACCCCAGAUGCCUGCCGCACCUCGCACAGGCCAUUCUCACCAAUGAGCCUGCUAUAGUGGAGAAAGCUGCGCUGUUAUUGGAGGAGAUCGUGCGCUACAAUCCAAUGGUUGCCACCCGCCUGUACACCACAGGCGUGUACUUCUUCGCAUUUGCCUACGCUGGCUCCAACUUUGGGACGCUAGCAUCACUCUGCCACGCCACACACACACGGCAAGCGUAUGUGAGCGGCAUAGAGGCAGCGGACAUGGCAUCACAGGCGCUGGCCAAGCGCAGCAUCCUGGGAGUGCUGCUGCCAGAGAGCCUGCUCUACGUGCUCGAUAGGCGCGGGGCCGCAGCUUUUGCUGCUGCUGUGGUGGCGGACUCUGAUUCGCCGGAGCUGAUUUGGACUCAUGCCAUGCGGGGCUCCGUGCUCAUCCCGCAGAUUCUCUCUCACCUGGGCGAUUUCCCCCAACGUCUGUGCCAGUUCUCGCGAGCCCUGUACGACCACACGCCCAUGCCGCCCAUCUCGUACCCCGAGCUCAAAGACGAGAUGUGGUGCCACCGCUACUACCUCCGCAACCUCUGUGACGAGAUCCGCUUCCCUGAUUGGCCGAUCGUGGAGCACGUGGAGUUCCUCCAGUCGCUGCUCGCCAUGUGGCGCGAGGAGCUCGCGAGGAAGCCCAUGGGGAUCUCGGAUGAGGAAGCGUGCGCCAUUCUGGAGAUUCCCACUGACAAGCAGCAACCAGCCUCCUCCACCCCAGGUACAGCCUUCCCCGCUACAAGACAAGGCGUGCAAGUGGACGAGGACGUGCUGAAGCGGCAGUACCGGCGCAUGGCGGUGAGAUACCACCCGGACAAGAACCCCGAGGGGCGGGACAAGUUCAUAGCGGUGCAGAAGGCAUACGAGCACCUGCAGUCAGCCAUGCAGGGCCUGCAAGGGCCGCAGACCUGGCGUGUGCUGCUGCUGCUGCGAGCGCAGAUUAUUCUGUUUAGGAGGUAUCCGGGGGUUUUGGAGCCGUUUAAGUAUGCUGGGUUCCCGCUGCUGCUGCAGCUGUUGCGGUUGGAGGAUGGGGAUGGCGAGGCAGGUGCAGGGAGUGGUGCGGUUGAUGCUGCUGAUGGUGCUGGUGGUGCUGGUGUGGAUGGGGAUGGUGGGAAGGCGAGGCGGCAGCAGGAGGGCGCGUCUAGCUUCCUGUCGCCAGAGCGCUCGGAGUUAUUGCAAGCCGCAACUCAUCUGCUGUGGCUCAUCUGUGCCUGUUCGUCCCUGAACGGCGAAGAGCUCUUGCGAGACGGGGGCCUGCCUCUCCUCACCACGCUUCUCUCCCGCUGCCUCUCCCUCCUCUCCCCCUCCUCCUCGCCCACCGACCCCCCUGCUCUCAUCGCCACCCACAUCCUCCGCACCCUCGCCAUUCUCUCCGCUUUCCCCUCUGCCCGCACCGAGGUUCGGACCAACCAAGCCUGCGCAGCAGCCUUGGUGCCGGACCUGGUGGUGGCGACGGAGCUAGAGAGCACGCCUGGGGCUGUGGAAUCAGCACUAGAGGGGAUUUUCCACCUGGCGCUGUCUAAGGGGCUCAGAGAAAGGCUGCUGCGGGCUGGUGCAUUGUGGUACCUUCUUCCGCUGCUGUUUAAGUUCGAUGCUACUGCAGAUACUGCUGGUGAUACCACAAGCCGCGGCGGCGGCAGCAGCAUGAGCGCGGGUGCAGCAAGUGGCAGCGGCAACGGUGCCUUGCUUCCAUCUGCUUCUCAAUCCCAUCAGUCCCCUUCCCAGUACCUUGCCCUGCCCUCCACAUCACAUACAAUCUCCACACCUCUCCCUUCAACCGGCAUGAACAGCUCAAGAAUCAACACUAUCACCACUACAUCCUCCUCCUCCUCCUCCGCCUCCACCACUGUCACCGGUGCCACAAGCCAAUCAGCCAUCGGUACAAACAUCCAGUCAGAACGCAACCUACACGCGGUACUGGCAGCACGAGCCAUUGCUCGGCUGACUGGGUACCUGAGGGAGAGAAGUGGCUUUGCGGAGGGGGCAAGUGAGGAGGAGGGGUGGGGGGAGGGGGAUGGGGCGGAUGGGUCGGAGGAUGCAGCAGCACGGGCGGCUGUGAAGGUGCUGCUGCCGCCCAGGCUGGCUGCCAGGCUGGCAGAGAACUCGCCUGUGGGGCUGCUCAAGGCACUCAGUAGCAAUGUGGAGAGCCCUCAGGUGAUAUGGAGCAGUGGCAUGAGGGCGCAGCUGCUGCGGUUUCUGGAAGACAGGAGGGCGCAGAGGGAGGCAGAUGGGUCGUAUGCGGUGGAUACAUGCCAGACGUUUGUGUACACUGCACUGGAGGACGAAAUCCAGGUGGGAGACAUCUACCUGCGUCUCUUCAUCCAGCACCCAGACUUCCCUCUCUCCGACCCUGAAUCCCUCUCCGCUGCCCUCGUGCCCUUCCUGCUCGACAUGUGCGCGCUCCUCCCGCCCAUGCACCACUCCCAAACGCACCACACGCCUCUGCAUCCCGCUGCUGCCCUGCUGCUGCGCAAGUGGGACCGGCGGGGUGGGGAGGAAGGCGAGGGAGAGGAAGAGGAGGAGAGAGAGGACGGGAAACGGGGAGGGGAGGAGGAGGAGAGAAAUGGAGGUGGGGAGGGACACGGCGGAGGGUUUAGGAUUCCAGACGAUUGGGAGGUUGAUGGGGGGGGAGGAGGGGCAGGAGGGAGGGGUGGCGGGGAGGAGCAGGACGGGGGUGGGAGGGAUAGGAAAGGGAGGUGGAGGAGGAAGAGGAGGAAGGCUAGGGAUGUGCGGUGGGUGUUGGAGAAUAUCAUCAUGGCUCUCACCUCCCUCCACAACGUGCUCUCCACCUCGCCUUCUGCCGCCGCUGCCGUCGCCUCCCCUGCCUCCCUCGCCCCUCUCUUCACCUGCAUCUCCCUCUCCCUCCCCACACUCCCUGCUCCACCCUCCUCUUCCUCCUCUUCCUCUCCCUCGACCACCACACCCUCCGCUCUCUCCUCUGCACACAUAGAGGCCAGAAUCCGCCACCUGGCUCUGGCAGUGCUGACCAGACUCACCGGCUUUGCCCCCAGUGUGGCUGCAAUGGUAUCAGACCGCGGGUCGCUCCUCAUGCUGCUGCUGCUGCUCGUGCGAUCGCCGCAAUCUCGGCCAUCCAUUCUGGGCAUGCUCCAGUCGCUGGCGGGGACGCCUGAGUUGGCGUGGGUGGUGGCGAAGCAAGGCGGAAUCGUCUUCCUCCUCGCCCUCCUGCUCCCUGCCCCUGGAGACGACAUACCCCACCCUAUCCGCGUCACCACGGCCCUCCUCCUCUCCGCGCUCCUCUCUCAGCCCCUGCACGGCCCGCGGGUCUUCCUCUCCCUCUCCCGCUUCCUCCCCCCCGGCCUCCUCUCCUUCCUGCGGGACGGCUCAGGGGAGGCCGCCAUUGCUGCUCUCUCCCAGACCACGCAAACCCCUGAGCUCGUCUGGUCCCCCGCCCUUGCGCUCAAUCUCGGCCGUCGGAUCGCGCUGCUGGCUGCUGAGGUUGUACGGAUGGUGGAGAUCGCACGGAGGUCUGGUGGUGGGGGCAAGGGGGGAGGACAAGGUGUUGCUUCGGUUUUUGGAGGUCUGGCUUCAUUCGAAUGGGAUCCACCUGAUCUCGUCGGGGCUACUGGUGGGGCUGGUUCAGGUGUUGCAUCAGGUGCUGGUUCAGGUGGAGCGUCAGGCGCAUCAGACAACAGUCUGUUGAAUUCACCUGAAGAAGGGGACGAGUGGCAGGUGGGCGGCGUGUACAUUCGUCUCUUCCUCAAGGACCCCAAGUACCCGCUGCGCAACCCCAAGCGCUUCCUCGAGGGCCUUCUCGACCAAUACGUGCUUGCCACGUCAGCACUGUUCGCUCCAGCUUCCCCUGCUCCUGCUCCCACAGCAGCAGCAGCAGCAGCAGCAGGAGGACAAUCAGCCACAGGAUCGGUGAGACUGGAACACCCCAGCCCUGCUGAUGCGGGCGAGAGGGUGGGCGGGAGCAGCGGUGCUGGCUCUGGAAACAACCAUCACAAGUUGAGACGUCAUAGCGCUGCUGAUGCGGGCAAUCGGGUGGGCGGAAGCGGCAGUGCUGGCUCUGGAGACAAUGAAGAGACUACUAGCGCCAACCAACAGAUCUCGAGACGUCGUUGUUGCACAGGCGCUCAGGUCCUGCUUGCGAUCCUUGACUGGCGGGCAGGUGGAAAAGCUUCGCUGGCUGCCCCGAUGCGGUGGAGCGAAUCAGAGGCAGCGGUGGGGCGAGUGCUGGCAGUGGAAAUUCUGAAGCUGCUGGGGGCAGAUGGGACCUACUCCAUCCGUGUUAUCGAGAUCCUCAAUGGCUCUGAGGUGUGGCGGGCGUUCAAGGAUCAGAAGCACGACCUCUUUCUCCCCACCAACGUGCAAUCAUCUGGUGCCGCCCAUCCGGUACCCACUCACUCUCGUCAUACACACACUCCCUUCACUCCCUCCCAACCUGCUACCACCGCACUUCAUCCCUCUCCUGCCCAAAUAGUACCUCUCUCCACACCUGCAGCAGCUUUCAUGCCCUCUUCUCCCUUCCCAGCCACCGUCCCAACCACUGCAUCUCUCCCAAACCUCUCCCAAGCCUUGGACCCGCUCUUAGGUUCGGCACCAGGGCUGAUGUCAGCAACAGGAGGUGCCAACAGAACGUCUGUAGGAAAGGCAGGAGGGGCGGUCGCAGGGGCAGCACCAGGGGCACGAACCUCUGGUGCUGUGGCAGGGUCUGCUGCAGGUUUGACAGCACCUGCUGUAGUCUCAGCCUCGGAUUUUGAUCGCGUGGUGGAGCAGAAAAUGUUAGGAGGGGGCGUUGGUGGGGCUGCUGCCGGCCAGGUGAUUGGUCAGGUGGUUCAGGUGGCUGGGCAGGCUGAGCGACAGAAUGCUUCUGAGGGGAAAGCAAGGUUGGAGGAUGAGGGGUUUCUGGUGCUUGGGAGGCGGGAGACGAGGGGUGUGGAAAAUGGGAAUGAGGGUUAUGGGGGUGAAGAGGAAGAGGAGGUUGCAAGGCAGCCCAUAGGGCUGGAUGCUGCCCCCUUGUAG